CUAGUCCCCGCCCUGACUCGCUUUCAGGAGAAAAGGGGAGAAUGUGCGCGGUGGGCGCGGAGGGCGGGGCCUGUUUUGGCCCCUCCCCCGUGCGUGGCGCACGAGAAAGACCCGGAGCUGGGAGGGAAAAGGGAAGGGAAGGAGGAAGGGAAGGGGAAGGGGAAGAGGAGGAGGCCCGGCCUGGAGGAAGGAGAGCCCCCUGGAGCUGGUGCAGGCACCGCCAUGGGCGAAGGGGAGCCGCCCAGCCUGGCGGAAUACCUGAUCAGCGGCGGGACCGGAUACGUCCCCGAGGAUGGACUCACCGCCCAGCAGCUCUUCGCCACCUCCGACGGGCUCACCUACAACGACUUCCUGAUCCUUCCCGGCUUCAUUGACUUCACGGCGGACGAGGUGGACCUGACCUCGGCGCUGACCCGGAAGAUCACCCUGAAGACCCCCCUCAUCUCAUCCCCGAUGGAUACGGUCACGGAGUCGGACAUGGCCAUCGCCAUGGCGCUGAUGGGCGGCAUUGGCAUCAUCCACCACAACUGCACCCCUGAGUUCCAGGCCAACGAGGUCCGAAAGGUGAAGAAGUUUGAGCAGGGUUUCAUCACGGACCCGGUGGUGUUGAGCCCCUCGCACACGGUGGGCGACGUCUUCGAGGCCAAGGUGCGGCACGGCUUCUCGGGGAUCCCGGUCACCGAGGCCGGCAAGAUGGGCAGCACGCUGGUGGGCAUCGUCACCUCCCGCGACAUCGACUUCCUCUCCGAGAAGGACUACGGCACCCCCUUGAGCGAGGUGAUGACCAAGCGCAGCGACCUGGUGGUGGCCCCCGCCGGCGUCACCUUAAAGGAAGCCAACGAGAUCCUGCAGCGGAGCAAAAAAGGGAAGCUUCCAAUCGUGAACGACGCGGAUGAGCUGGUGGCCAUCAUCGCCCGCACGGACCUCAAGAAGAACCGGGACUACCCGCUGGCCUCCAAGGACCCCCGGAAGCAGCUGCUCUGCGGCGCCGCCAUCGGCACCCGGGAGGACGACAAGUACCGCCUGGACCUCCUCACGCAGGCCGGGGUCGACGUCGUGGUCCUGGACUCUUCGCAAGGAAACUCGGUCUAUCAGAUCAGCAUGAUCCACUACAUCAAGCACAAGUACCCGGAGCUGCAAGUCAUCGGGGGCAAUGGAUGCACAGUGGUGACAGCGGCACAGGCCAAGAACCUCAUCGACGCCGGCGUGGACGCCUUGCGCGUGGGCAUGGGCUGCGGGUCCAUCUGCAUCACCCAGGAAGUGAUGGCGUGCGGGCGGCCUCAGGGCACCGCUGUGUACAAAGUGGCGGAAUACGCCCGCCGGUUCGGGGUCCCGGUCAUCGCGGACGGCGGCAUCCAGACGGUGGGCCACGUGGUCAAGGCCCUGUCCCUGGGGGCCUCCACUGUGAUGAUGGGCUCCCUGCUGGCGGCCACUACGGAGGCUCCGGGCGAGUACUUCUUCUCGGACGGCGUGCGGCUCAAGAAGUACCGUGGGAUGGGCUCCCUGGACGCCAUGGAGAAGAACAGCAGCAGCCAGAAGCGGUACUUCAGCGAAGGGGACAAGGUGAAGGUGGCGCAGGGGGUCUCGGGGUCCAUCCAGGACAAGGGCUCCAUCCAGAAGUUCGUGCCCUACCUGAUCGCCGGCAUCCAGCACGGCUGCCAGGACAUUGGCGCAAAGAGCCUCUCCAUCUUGCGGUCCAUGAUGUACUCGGGGGAGCUGAAGUUCGAGAAGCGGACGAUGUCGGCCCAGAUCGAGGGGGGCGUCCACGGGCUCCAUUCCUUUACGUUUCUGCCAUUUACGAGAAGCGGCUGUACUGAGGAGGGCCUCCGGGUGGGCAGUGGCCAGCGGAUUCCCACCGUCCCCCUCCCCGCCGCCAACGGGCACAGCGGCCACCGCCGGACCUGACUGACCAACCCACCGGGCGGCCAAAGACUUGCACUASGGGAAGAAAACCCUGUGUCCCCUUCCAGAAAGGGGCKCCAAUUUGGGCAGYGGGCCCCCUCCUCCCCCCUCCCUCCCUCYGYGUUGGACUCAGAGACUUUGUGGGGAGGGGUCCCUAGGGGUGAGGGAGGGGUCACCCAUGAACCCCAUCAUGCCCUUUGACCUUUUUCUCUGGCAGCGAAUGGACUUAGUAGUAAGCUUCCUUAGGGGGCAGGUUGCUGAUGGUUUUCUUGGGUCCAAAUCCCCCCCCCCCAUUACAUUUCUCAAGGUCUAUAUUCGGGCGAAUGUGCCGGCCCCUCCUGUGCCCUCCCUCCCAAUAGAACGGUCAUCACCCCGUUUCUUAUUUUGACCCUUUCCCAGCGGAGACGCUUCCCUUUCCUUUUGGGUGAUGCUUUGUAGCCAUUGGAGGGAAAGGCAGGAGAAGCCCCCCCCCUUUGAAGUUGCAGAUGCAGAGCGCGUGAGCAUUGCCUGCCUCUCCGGGGCCCUUGACCAGGGGCAGUAGUCACUCAGGGUCGAGAGGUCAUGCUCGGGCCCUUUGGCCAGCCUCCGGACCUUAGGGUCCCUUCCUUUCCCCAUUAUUAACAGGAGGAAUGAAUGGGGCGAGAGAAAGGGGUGGGUGGGCCGAGGGGUCUCUCUCCUGCCCCUCACCGUGGGCGGCCCAGGCAAGUGCUGCAGAGCGGAGCGGUGUGCCCCUCGUUGCCCUCGCACCCCCUUCUGCCUCCGAGGCUGUAACCUUUCUUUGGAGCAUGUUAGGGCCAGCGAUGUCGUGUCUCUGUGUAAUAUAUUACAUAAUAAAAAGGCUGCAGAGCA